AUGCCUCCCGUAGCUCGCUCCCUCCGGCAGCGUGCUGUCACCAACGAGAACGAUGAAAAUGCCAGUACGACACGCUUGACGCGCGCCAAGGCGGCGAAUUUGGGCGCGAACGAGUCCGCUGCCGACGUGCCCAAGAAGGUCGUCCAGACGAAGAAGUCCACUGCCACGCUAGGAGCAAACGGUGUCGGUGGCCGAAAGCGUCCUGCGCUCGGUGAUGUCAGCAAUGUCGCGAAGCCCGAGCUUGGUGCUGGCGCGAAGGAGGGCAAGAAGCCUGUGGCCAGGAAAGGCGCGUUGUCCCAAGCUGCACAGCCUACCAAGAUCCAGAAGCCUUCACAGGUCAACUCGACGCGCUCGAGACUGGAACCAAAGGACAAGACUACCGGUUCAUCAGAGCUGAAGAAGCGCCCAGCUAGCGGGAAUGGCAUCACAGGGCAGCCGGCCAAGAAGCGCGUCGCGUCCAGCUCAAAGCCUCUGAAAGAGGAGGACUCGGAAGCAACUGAAAAUGUUGUGCCCCAGGAGAACGUCACCCUGGAGACUGAAAUCACAAAGGUGCACAGCACGAAGCACACAAAGGUACAGGUCCUUGAACAGGUUGAGGAAGUCUUCGAUGAGGACGUGCCGGAUCUAGACAAGGAGGAUGUCGAUGACCCAUUAAUGGUCUCAGAGUACGUCGUCGAGAUCUUCGAGUACUUGAAGGAGCUAGAGAUUGCGACCAUGGCCAAUCCCGAAUACAUGGACAGCCAAAAUGAGCUUGAGUGGAAGAUGCGCGGUAUUCUCGUCGACUGGUUACUCGAAGUUCAUACUCGCUUCCGCCUCCUUCCCGAGACUCUCUUCCUCGCAGUCAACAUCAUCGAUCGCUUCCUCUCCGCCAAGAUUGUCCAGCUAGACCGCCUUCAGCUGGUUGGUGUCACCGCCAUGUUCAUUGCCUCAAAGUACGAGGAGGUCCUUUCGCCCCAUGUACAGAACUUCCGCCAUGUCGCGGAUGACGGCUUCACUGAGGAUGAGAUUCUUAGUGCAGAGCGCUUUGUCCUUGCUGCCUUGAACUACGACCUGAGCUAUCCAAACCCCAUGAACUUCCUCCGCCGGAUAUCAAAAGCCGACAACUACGAUAUCCAGACGCGUACUCUAGGCAAGUAUCUCCUAGAGAUUGGUUGCCUAGAUCACCGCUUCCUGGCACACCCUCCAAGCCAAGUCGCUGCUGCUGCCAUGUACUUGGCUCGCCUUGUUCUCGAGCGUGGCCCUUGGGAUGCCACCCUUUCACACUACGCCGGUUACACUGAGGAGCAGAUCCAGCCUGUCUUGCAGCUAAUGAUCGAUUAUCUCUCUGGCCCGGUGGUUCACGAGGCCUUCUUUAAGAAGUAUGCCAGCAAGAAGUUCUUAAAAGCAUCUAUCCUUCUCCGAAAGUGGGCCAAAGACUACGUCGCUGCCUAUGGCAACGUUCUUCAAGAGGAGACCCCCAAGCUUCGAAACAAGCAUUAA